CAAGGAUGUCAGGAGGGAUGAUUCUCCUCGAAGGGUGGAUGGCCUGGUCGGGUUUGAUGAUCGGCGCUUGCGCCGCGACGCCGCGUCAAACGUAGCGGCUAUAGGUUAAAUCCUCGUAUACGUUUUUGUUGUUUUUCUCGCGUUGCCUCCUGAUCCCGCCUUCAAAAGUACCAGCGGACCAAUCGCGUCGUGUAUGAAAACCAACUAACAUCGGGCUUGAGAUCGGGAUACUCGACGUUAUAUCGGGCAGAGAUCCACCACGGCGACGAGAAACACCAGAUACCAGUCGACUUUUGUCAACAGAUCAGUUUCGAUACUUCAUGCUCAUUAUAAAUUCAAAUCUUGCGAAACAAUAAAUAACCAUUAAUUAUUUUACUCAAUUCCACUGAAGAUUUUUUUCUUUUUUUUUUUUUUCGAGUUUUAACAGUGAGUUUUAUUACGUGUGCAAAGAUUUUAUUACAGUGAUUGUUAAAAUAAAGAACAGUUAUUAUCAAUUAUUAAUUCAGUUGAUUAAAUUAAUUAAUUAAAUCCAAAUAUGAAUGGAACAGCCAUCGCUACUCCUGACAGCCAACAAAUUCAAAGACAAUCAUCGCAAAAUGACACUAGUUCUGAACAUCCGCGAAGUCCUACAAGUCCUCUGAGUAUUCGUCACGAUUCUGGAGAGUCUAGUAUAAUUUCACCAGGACUACCAGAACGAUACAGUCCACUGGGAGCGACAGAAUCAACGUCGAGUCACGAUCCUUAUGCUUCACGUUCGGUACAAGACUGCCCUGUACCUCUGUGUCGUCCGAUGCCGUCGGAAUUCCCACUGGCUCGGUCUCCUUACAUGUCUGCGCUGUCAAAUGGGCACCCGCACUUGCUCCAAGUUCAGCAUCAGCAUCAGCAUUCCCAGCACCAGUCCCAGCAACUGCAGCAGUCCCCGCAUCAAAUGCAGCAGCAGUCCCAGCACAACAACAAGCCGUCCCGUAGUCUGGGACUCAUCUGCGUCGUCUGCGGGGAUACCAGUUCUGGAAAACACUAUGGGAUUCUUGCUUGCAAUGGCUGCAGUGGAUUUUUCAAGAGGAGUGUCCGGAGAAAAUUAAUUUAUCGGUGUCAAGCAGGAACUGGCAGAUGUAUCGUCGACAAAGCUCAUCGUAAUCAAUGCCAAGCGUGUCGUCUAAAAAAAUGUAUGGCGAUGGGAAUGAACAAAGACGCGAUACAACUAACUCGCGCUGCAUGGAAGGAUUGCCUGAUGAUGAAUAAUCAAGAGGAAACUCGUUGGAUUGUUGCAGCCGUGCAAAAUGAAAGGCAGCCAAGGAACACGGCAACCAUAAGACCGGAAGCUCUCGUCGAGAUGGACCAAGAGAGAGCGCUGAGGGAGGCUGCCGUUGCUGUUGGAGUUUUUGGACCACCAGUAUCAUUAGCAAUGGCAAGAUAUGGAGCGCCGAUGCCACUAUCAGCAAUAGCGCCAACAUCAACAGCAAAUCCACCCGCAGUUCCAACCCCUCUACCCCAACGCGAAGAUCCUGACGGAAACGCAUCCGAAGACAGCAUAGACGUCACAAACGAAGAACCAUUGACAGCCCAAAGAAAUCUUUGCUCGCAAUUGCCCCCCGUGAUGACAUCCCUCUACUCUCCAGCCAGUGCCGAGACAGUUUACGAAACGAGUGCAAGGCUGCUCUUCAUGGCCGUGAAGUGGGCGAAAAAUUUGCCUUCAUUUGCCAGCUUACCGUUUCGCGACCAGGUGAUACUCCUAGAAGAAGCAUGGUCUGAAUUAUUUCUUCUCAAUGCCGUUCAAUGGUGUCUGCCUCUCGAAUCAUCAUCGCUCUUCAAUGCCGCCGAACUGACCGCACUAACUCUGUCUCCACACUCUCAUCCACACUCAGGAAUGCACGUCGGUGAAGACAAGCCGAGCCAAGUUGCUGCAGAUAUCCGACAUCUCCACGACACUCUUCAGCGAUACAAAAAUAUGAUGGUCGAUCCCGCGGAGUUUGCUUGCAUGAAAGCUAUCGUUCUUUUUAGACCAGAAACUCGUGGACUCAAAGAUUCAAGUCAAAUUGAAAAUCUUCAAGAUCAAGCCCAAGUUAUGCUAGGACAGCACGCACGUGCUCAGCAACCCGGUAGACCAGAGAGAUUCGGAAGACUUUUGCUAAUGCUAUCGCUGUUGAGAAACAUACCGGCGUCACGAGUCGAACUGAUUUAUUUCCAUCGGACUAUCGGUAACACUCGAAUGGAAAAAGUUUUAUGUGACAUGUAUAAAAAUUAAUAAUCAAUGAUUAUUAGAUCAUCACUCACUCGUAAAUUUAAACGUCAUGUUUUUACAUUAAAUGUUGCAUUUAAUCAGUUAUCCAAUAGCCUAAUUCGUUUUAAUCAAUGAAAAUCUGGCCUCACAUAAUCUUGUAAUUGUAUGAUAUAAUUUAAAUAGUAAUUACUGUUAUUAUUAAUGAUAGAUUAAGUAAACGAGGCUUUAUAAUUAUAUAUAAAAUAUAUAAUUAGUGAUAUAGCCAUAAAUAUAUUUAAUAACGAUAGAAAAUUGUGCGAUUGAGUUAUAAUUCAGUAGAUUAUUUUAAGAAAAUGCUGUAUAUAAUUGCAAUAUAUAUAUAAUGUAAUAUUAAUAUAUAUAGUAUACAUAUUUAUUUACUGUGUUCUUAGACUUAGAUUGGAUUGGAUUCAUUUUGAAUCGUAACACUUAUAAAUAAAUAUAUGUAAUAUUAUUGAGUACUGUCAGUAAUAAUGAUGAUAAAAUUAUAGCAUUUGCUAAAAAAAAACUAUCAAAUCUUUUUAAAUUUAUGUUGUGAUAUAAUUGUCGUUGUAUAUAAUACAUAUAUAUAUAUAAAUAAUAAAUAUAGAUUCAAUAAAAUUGGAUCGUU